UUUCCGCCGCGCAGCUUCCGUAGAGGAAGAACGCUCCCCUCGCCCACACUGCUGCUAGCUAGCUAGCUAGCCCUUCCUUCCGAUUACCGGCACAUUCGCUGCAUGAUGGCCGAGGGAGGCGGACCCGACUCGGGCGGCGCGGCUGACUCCGACUCGGAGCCGGUUGCCGCACAAAUGCCCGCCGCGUCCACCGAAAACCAAAAACAGACUAUCGGCUCGCUGGUGAAAACUACCCUGAGAAAGGGCGAUGAAUGGUAUCUUGUGGACAGCCGAUGGUUCAAACAGUGGAAGAAAUACGUGGGCUUCGACAGCUGGGACAUGUACAACGUUGGCGAGCGCAGCCUCCAUCCGGGACCUAUUGACAACUCGGGGCUGUUCUCAGACCAGGAAACGCAGGUCUUGAAAGAGCACCUGAUAGAUGAGCUGGACUAUCUCCUCGUUCCCACUGAGGCGUGGAAUAAGCUUGUCAGCUGGUACGGCUGCCUCGAGGGCCAGAGACCCAUUGUCAGGAAGGUUGUUGAACAUGGCAUGUUUGUCAAACACUGCAAAGUGGAGGUCUACCUGCUGGAGCUCAACCUGUGUGAGAACGACAACAUGGACAAUGUGGUCACACGCCACUUCAGUAAAGCCGACACUAUUGAUACCAUAGAGAAAGAGAUGAGGACAUUGUUCAAUAUUCCGCUAGAGAAGGAGAUACGGCUGUGGAACAAGUACAUGAGCAACACCUAUGAGCAGCUGAACAAGCCCGAUAGCACUGUACAGGAUGCUGGCCUCUUCCAGGGGCAGGUGCUUGUCAUUGAGCGUAAGAAUGACGACGGGACGUGGCCCAGGCAAGCCUCCCAUUCCAAGUCGAGUACGACGCCAUCCAGGGCUUUCACCACCUCGCCAAAGCUCUCCUCCAACUCUUCAGCCAGUAUCUCCUCGGCAGUCAUCAAUGGGAACAGCAGCUGUAGCGCUGGUUACACGCUCAACAACAGCGCCACCUCUGGCAGCAGGCAAGAACUGGGCGGCUAUAAUUCGUACAGCUCCUCCUAUAACUACAGAGAGUCGCAGUCGCAGCCUGGCCUGUGUGGUCUCAGUAAUCUCGGCAACACGUGCUUCAUGAACUCUGCUCUCCAGUGCCUGAGCAACGCGUCGCCGCUCACAGAGUAUUUCCUCAACGACCAGUACGAGGCGGAAAUUAACCGAGGGAAUCCACUGGGAAUGAGGGGUGAGAUUGCAGAGGCCUACGCUGACCUGGUGAAGCAGAUGUGGCUCAACCGCAGCAGCUCUGUGGCUCCACGCACCUUCAAAACCCAGGUCGGCCGCUUUGCCCCCCAGUUUUCGGGGUAUCAGCAGCAGGACUCCCAAGAGCUGCUGGCCUUCUUACUGGACGGGCUCCACGAAGAUCUGAACCGCGUCAAAAAGAAGCCUUAUCUGGCCCAAAGGGAUGCUGAGGGCCGUCCCGAUGAGAUUGUCGCCAAGGAGGCCUGGAAAAACCAUCGCUUGCGCAACGACUCGGUGAUCGUUGACAUCUUUCACGGCCUCUUCAAAUCCACUUUGGUGUGUCCUGAGUGCUCGAAGGUGUCGGUGACCUUCGAUCCCUUCUGCUACCUCACUCUGCCCCUGCCCAUGAAGAAAGAUCGAACUAUGGAGGUCUUUCUGGUGCGAUCAGACCCGCAGUCCAGACCCACACAGUAUCGGGUUGUUGUUCCCAAGCUGGGUACGGUGAUGGACUUAUGCAGCGCCUUGUCCAGACUCUGCGGAAUUCCUCCGGAAAAUAUGGUGGUGGCUGAUGUUUAUAAUCAUCGCUUCCAUAAAAUUUAUAGACGGGACGAUGGUCUCAAUCAAAUCAUGGAAAAGGAUGACAUCUUUGUGUACGAGGUGCAGGAGGAGGACAGCGAGAGGAUGAACCUGCCCGUGUAUUUCAGGGAGCGACACUCCAAGCACGCCGGCAGCUCCACCAGCACCAUGCUGUUUGGCCAGCCUUUACUCAUCACUGUGCCCAAGCAAAACCUCAUCGCGGACGUUCUUUAUGACAGGGUUCUACAGAGGAUCGGACGUUAUGUAAAACGUCCGCAGAGCGCAGGGAGCGAGAGCAGAGCCUCGGCUUCAGCCACCGUCGCCAGCUGCAGUCAAGUUCCUGAAUGUUCCACAUCAUCGAGUGUCAGCGCCAGCCUGGGCGGCUGCGGUAGUCCCUUGUCGGAGAGGGUCUCCUGCGGUGCCAGCUCUAGUAACGGCAGCAACCACUCUGGGGCCUGCACUGAAACUAACGGCCUAUAUGACGGGGAGGAGGAGGAGGCCAUGGACCACCAGGUGAGCCCAGAGCCAGAAAACGGCCAGUCUGAAGAGGAGGACGAGACGUCGGACUUGGAGAAUGGGUCGAAAGAGGGCGAGGGCAAGCCGGGCUCCUUACCGGCCAAGCUCUUCACGUUCAGCGUGGUCAACUCGUACGGAACGGCCAACAUCAGCGCGCUGCCGUGUGACGGAAACGUCCUCAAACUUAAUCCGCAUUCCACUGUGGCCAUCGAUUGGGACUCUGAGUCUAAGAAGAUGUGUUACGAUGAACAGGAAGCAGAGGCUUAUGAGAAACACGAAAGCAUGCUCCAGCCUCAAAAAAAGAAAGCCACAGUGGCUCUGAGAGAAUGCAUCGAGCUCUUCACCACCAUGGAGACGCUUGGCGAACACGAUCCGUGGUACUGUCCCACGUGUAAGAAACACCAGCAGGCCACAAAAAAGUUCGACCUGUGGUCCUUGCCGCGCAUUCUGGUCGUUCACCUCAAGCGCUUCUCCUACAACCGAUGCUGGAGGGACAAACUGGACACCGUGGUGGAUUUUCCCAUCAGGGAUUUGAACAUGUCUGAGUUUUUAUGCGACCCCAAGGCCGGGCCUCACACUUACGACCUCAUUGCGGUGUCCAACCACUACGGAGGCAUGGGAGGAGGCCACUACACAGCUUUCGGCAAGAAUAAAGUGGACGGGAAGUGGUAUUACUUUGACGACAGCAGCGUGUCGUCUUCCUCAGAGGACCAGAUUGUGACUAAAGCAGCCUACGUGCUGUUCUAUCAGCGCAGAGAAGAGGAAGGCCACUCCUCCAAAACGCCGCCGUCCGCCUCGCUGGGAGGAGCCCCCGACGCUGCCGACGACCACAUGGACACAAACUGAAGGAAAAGCCAAUAGACGUGCAGACGCCGCUUCAGAGACAAAGGCCACCAGACAAAUCCAUAUUAGUCCGCCAUAACAAUAUCCUUUCUGAUUUAUAGGAGGGGGAGGGUGGGUUGUUGUGAAUCGGUUCGAAACCACGAGGAGAAAUAUGAACGGGCGGAAAGUUUAAAAUCCGAAUAGACGCUCGGCUCGCCAAGGUAUGUAUGACGACACGCAAACACAGCCUGACUCAUUGAAGGGAGGCACUUUGAAUUGUUGAUGAAUACAGCAGCGGGCGGGGCAAAUGGCCGACAUUUCCAAACCUUUUGAACCCUGUGCGUCCUUCACGCCUCCCUGAUUACGAACACCAAUGCAGCCCUGUGCGGAAAUGCUGAAAUGGUUACGUUGUCUGUUGGGACGCUCCCGUUCAAAUCGGACAAGCCUGUGAUGGGCAUACGCCAGGGAUGGGCAAACUUUUGGGCCGUCUGUCCACUAUGAACCAGAACCACAUACUUCCUCCCAGUUCAAUGAAAGGAAAACCACAACUAAGCGCUAAACACCCAAACUGUUAUUUCCACACACCCACAAGGCAUGCUGGGUAGUCCAGCUGCAACAACCGUAUGAACUAUGAACAAUAAAUUGGAUGCGAAGAGUAUGCUAACUCCCCUUGUUUACUUCUGAUAAGAUCUCAGCAUAUUUUGCAAACAAACGCAGCAAAAUGUUGGAGAAAGACCACAAGCUGCCCAGCAUGCCUUGCGGUGGGAAUAUAUGUGUGGAUACAUAUUGGUAUUCCCGCAUGGUGCGUUACUUUGUGUUGUUUGGACGGCUUUUCUGUACAAGCCGCAGAUUACAUCUGACUAUUUUGGUCAGAUACACUUCCAGGUGAAUACCUUAAAAAAAAAUAAAAUAAAUAAAUACCCCGGGGGCAGCAGUUGAACCAUCCCUGGCAUAUGCCGAUCAAUGCCUUUCAAAGCCGAUCACCUGUGGCUCGUACUAUUGCAGCAUGUACCCUGUUGCGAGCGUAGAUCCUGCUAGAAAGAUAUCAAACUCUCGUGGUUCUCUCUUCCUCGGAGAAUCCCGGGCCUUCUAUCUUACGGAGCACGCCUGAGCUAGUCAAAAUAUUCAUUCAUUCAUUUUCUACCGCUUUUCCUCACGAGGGUCGCGGGGGUGCUGGAGCCCAGCUGUCUUCGGGCGAGAGGCGGGGUACACUCUGGACUGGUCGCCAGCCAAUCACAGGGCACAUAUAGACAAACAACCAUUCACACUCACAUUCAUACCUAUGGACAAUUUGGAGUCGCUAAUUAACCUAGCAUGUUUUUGGAAUGUGGGAGGAAACCGGAGUACCCGGAGAAAACCCACGCAUGCACGGGGAGAACAUGCAAACUCCACACAGAGAUGGCCGAGGGUGGAAUUGAACCCUGGUCUCCUAGCUGUGAGGUCUGCGCGCUAACCACUCGACCGCCGUGCUGCCCCUAGUAAAAAUAAAAUAGCGAAAAAGUGGGGCUUUACCAAAAGGAGAAACGCACAGAAAACAAAAUCCUCAAUCCUUAUGUGAGACAAGAACGCACACGGCUUUCUGUGUUUCUAAAGAUAAUAAAACGGCUAAAAAGGGAGCUAAGAAUGCCGGUCUAUUCCGACUAUAAACAUCAAUUCCCAUCAUUUGAUGACGUUAUUAACAUCCGGCAUAAUAACACCUCGCCACAAUACACCAGUUAGCUAUUGGCAAGCUAGUGACUAGCUUCGCCACGUUACUAGCACACACUGCUGCUGUUUAUAUUUUGGGAACGUUUACUAAUAACAGAUGUGUCCCGUUACAUGCAUUAAUUAGCUGCCUCCUUUUAGCUAUUCAUGUCUCACAUAAUGAUUGUGAAUGAUGUGCACGUUUCCUUUAAGAAUAUUGCGCCUCUUGGUCAGAUGGAGGCGGGGCUAGCAGCAUCCAGCCAAUGACGUUAGUGCCCUAUCCUACUAGUCUUGACACAUUGAGCUCCGUGAAAGACAGUUAAAGGACGUAAAAUGAUGCCUCAUGUAGAGAAUGCCCUGCUAUAUGCCAUCCCAGUUGGACAAUUACCGUCGUCAUGGAAUGCCGGUACCAUUUCACGCUGUACGUCACGCCUCGACACGUCGGUAGCCAGCCCCCCCCCCCCCCCCCC